AUGUUGAGAUUGAGGACGACUCAUAGAAUCUUGAGACUGAGUUUUGCUCAGCAAAGGUUAUUUUCGCAAUCAUCAUUGGCAUUAAAUGCAACCGUGGUAUCUGGAACCAAAUUGGCUGCCAAAAUACGAAAUGAUGUUGCUGAAAAAGUUUUGCAAUACAACAAGGAACAUUAUGGAAUUGAUACCACGCAAUUUGACAAGCUAAAGUUUAGACCUUCAUUAACUAUUGUCCAGGUUGGUUCUAGACCUGACUCAUCAGCCUAUGUGCGUUCGAAAUUGAAGGCAGCCGAGAAAUCCAAUAUUAAAGCGAACCUUCUCAAGUUUGAUGAAAAUAUAGGCCAAGAUGAUUUGGUGGAUGAGAUUGACCGUUUAAAUAAGGACCCUCAAGUACAUGCCAUUUUAGUUCAGUUGCCUUUACCUAAACAUAUCGAUGAAACGUUGAUCACAAACUCUGUUGUUACUGAAAAAGAUGUUGAUGGUUUUGAUCACUAUAAUGUCGGUCAACUUUCCAAAAAGGGGGGUGUACCACACUUCAAACCUUGUACUCCUAAUGGUAUAAUGGAAUUGAUCAAGACUACAGGAAUCAACUUGAGAGGUAAAAAUGCAGUAGUUAUUGGUAGAUCAGAUAUCGUCGGAACUCCUGUUGCAACCAUGUUAAGAAAUGAGGAUUGUACAGUUACAAUCUGUCAUCGCCACACCAGCAAUUUACCUGAAAUUGUAUCCAAAGCCGAUAUUGUUGUUGCUGCGGUUGGAAUCACAGAGUAUGUCAAAUCUUCCUGGGUGAAAGACGGAGCCGUUGUUAUUGAUGUUGGUAUCAACUACAAGGAAGACCCAACUGCAAAAAACGGAAGAAAACUAGUCGGUGAUGUUGACUACAAAGAUGUUGUCAAGAAAGCCGGAUUCAUUACCCCAGUUCCUGGUGGUGUAGGUCCCAUGACAGUGGCAAUGUUGUGCUCAAACGUAUAUGAUGCUGCUGUCUUGCACACUAAGAAGGCACAUGAACAUCAAUUUAAACCACUUCCAUUAGAUUUAAAAACCCCUGUGCCAUCCGACAUUGAGAUUUCAAGGGCUCAAAAACCAAAGGUCAUAACCAAAGUUGCAAAAGAAUUAGGAUUAUUGGAUAAGGAAUUGGAACAAUUUGGUCAUUAUAAAGCCAAGGUUGAUGCAAAAGCUGUAAUUGAGAGGCUUGAUGCACAAGUUGAAGGAUCUGCUGAUGACAAGGGUUACUACGUCUUGGUUGCUGGUAUAACCCCAACCCCAUUAGGUGAGGGAAAAUCUACCACAACUAUGGGGUUAGCACAAGCGCUUGGUGCUCAAUUGGGCUACAACUCUAUUGCUAAUGUUAGACAGCCUUCAAUGGGCCCUACUUUUGGUGUCAAAGGAGGUGCAGCUGGAGGUGGUUAUGCGCAAGUUAUACCAAUGGAUGAAUUCAACAUGCACUUGACUGGUGAUAUUCAUGCCAUUUCAGCUGCUCAAAACUUGCUCUGUGCUGCUGUUGAUACAAGAAUGUUUCACGAAUCGACAUCUAAGAGCAUUGGUGGAUUUUAUAAAAGAUUAGUGCCAGCCAAGAAGGGUAAGAGAAGCUUCACUCCAUCAAUGUUAAAGAGAUUGCAGAAGUUGGGAAUCAACAAGACUAACCCUGAUGACCUUGCACCUGAAGAAGUAGAAAAGUUUGCAAAAUUGAACAUUGAUCCAGACUCUAUCACCAUCAAAAGAGUGGUUGAUUGUAAUGAUAGAUUUGUUAGAGAGAUUACGAUUGGCGAGGGCAAGAAUGAAGCCAGCAAAUAUCCACCAAGAAAGACAGGUAUGGAUAUUACUGUUGCUAGUGAAUUGAUGGCGAUUUUGGCGCUUUCAAACUCUCUCAAAGAUUUAAGAGGGCGUGUAGGUAAACUUGUAAUUGGUACCCAAAAAGAAACUGGUAUUGCCGUUACUGCUGAAGAUAUUGGAGUUGCAGGUGCAAUUACGGCAUUGUUGAAAGACGCUAUUAAGCCUAAUUUGAUGCAAACCGUGGAAGGAACACCAGUGUUUGUCCAUGCAGGUCCUUUUGCCAACAUAUCUAUCGGAGCAUCUUCUGUUGUAGCUGAUAAGGUUGCUCUCAAGUUGACAUCUCCUUCUAACCCAAUUAACAAUGGACACUCUGGUUUCGUAAUUACUGAAGCUGGUUUUGAUUUUACUAUGGGUGGUGAACGCUUCUUCAAUAUCAAAUGCAGAAGCUCCGGGUUGAAGCCAGAUACUGUUGUUUUGGUGGCCACUACAAGGGCUUUGAAACUACACGGUGGUGCACCUGAUGUCAAACCAGGUCAAUCUUUACCUCAAGAAUAUGUCACCGAAAACUUAGAGCUAUUGGAAAAGGGUUGUGCAAACUUGGCUAAGCAAAUUUCAAACAUUAAGCAGUACAAUGCCCCUGUUGUGGUUGCCAUCAACCAAUUUGAAACAGAUUCUGAUGCCGAAACUAAAUUGAUAGAGAAGUUGGCUUUGGAAGCUGGUGCAGAUUAUGCAGUUCCAUCAAAUCAUUGGGCUAAAGGUGGAUUGGGUGCCAAGAAGUUGGCUGAAGCAGUAGUAGAGGCUGUUAAGCAAUCUCCAUCAGGAGAACAACAAUAUUUGUAUGAUGUUAACGACUCAGUGGAAAACAAGUUGAACAAGAUUGCUCAGAAGAUGUAUGGGGCCAAGGACAUCGAGUUGUCACCAUUGGCAAAGCAACAGAUUGAAACAUAUACUCAACAAGGGUUUGAUAAGUUGCCUAUCUGUAUCGCCAAGACCCAGUACUCUUUAUCCCAUGAUCCUGCAUUGAAAGGUGUACCAAGCGGAUUUACCGUGCCAAUUAGAGAAGUGAGGUGUUCCGCUGGUGCAGGAUAUUUGUAUGCCUUAGCAGCAGAGAUAAUGACGAUUCCAGGUUUGCCAACUCACGCUGGUUUCAUGAAUGUUGAGGUAAACGAUGAUGGAGAGAUUGAAGGUUUGUUUUAA